CGAACCACCGGAAGCAAAUACUGCACUCUUCCCUGCCUAUAUCUGGGGCAUCCACAGAUUAUAAUAACAAUAAGCGGAGCGUGUUGACCUCUCAAUGGAAAGGUGGUUCUUGUCCGAUUUCGCUUCAUGCAGAAUCGGCCAUGCUAUCACAGCCGACUCCAGACCAUCACUCCACUAACGACGGUGUGGACGCCCCAGGGUCCGCUCUUAUUACCAAGGUUGUUUUAUGCGGUACCGCUAUACAGCUUUAUCUGGUGUCUAGCUUCAGAGGAAAUUCUUCUUGCUCGCAAGAACUGACUGAAAUGACCGUCAGGCAGGGUUGACUUCUACCCCAGACAUGCUUUUUGCACGAUCGGAAGAGUGAAAUAUGUGGCGAUAUCUGCCAGGCUGGUGUUUGCUUUGACCCGGUCCCUCGAGGGAAAUAAUUCCGAGGCAUUGAAUUGAAUAACGUGACGAGCGGUUGGGAGCCGUUUCUUUAAUAUUGAGGGCAUAUAAGCGAGUCAAAAAUGGCUGGG